AAUUUUAGGCGAUUAAAAAGAACAAAACAUUCUCUUUCUAUGGAAAAAGUGUGCUUGCAACACUACAGCUAUAUCGAAAAAAAUAGAAAAAUAUUAGUGCCCGUGGUAUGGUGAACGUUUAUCGUUUCUGAAUGUACAAACUUCACAAUCUCAAAACAUUGCUAAUAUGUGACUCAUUAUAGUUUCAUUGUCAAGUUAUCAAUAUUAAAAAUAAUGUCCAGAAAUAUAGUUUUUGAAGGGUGGUUAACAAAGUCUCCACCAAACAGGCGUAUUUGGCGAACGGUGAGCUCAACUUUAGCUUGGCAUUUUGCUUUUGUUGACAGAAGAUGGCGCAGACGCUGGUUUGCCUUGCGGCAGUCUGGCGAGCUCCCUGGCCAGUAUUUUUUAGAUUACUAUGCGGAUCGGAACUGCCGUCGUCUCAAGGGCACAAUCGAUCUGGACCUUUGUGAACAAGUUGAUGCUGGUCUUCAUAUGGAACGGCACGGACAGGCUCCGUUCAACCCUAGUAUCCGAGGAUCUGUCUUUACAAUUCAAACUCAGCGAAGAACAUACCACUUAGAGGCUGAUUGCGAAGCAGAAAUGGAGAAGUGGGUGGAUGCCAUUUGCCGAGUCUGUGGUCUUCGUGCCACACUUGAUGUUCCCGCUGGUGCUUCCAGACAUAGUAAUGUCAUUGAUCCUAGCAGCGGUCACGCUACUAUAAAUAUGAGUGACAAUAGUGAGUGCCCCGACGGUACGGGCCCAUACAUCCCCAUCUCCGAGUGCAUCACAGGUGUUCGUGCUCAAGAUGAGCAAAGACACUUUACAUUUGAGGAGCGGAACAUAAUAAAUACCCGAGGCCACCAGUACACCAGCCAUCCUCAAAUAAGGGUGAAUUCGGAACUGUCUGAGAAUGAUAGCAAUUUGAGCGAAGACGAUGAUGGCUCUUUGCAUGCGAGCCAUCAGAAUUUACCAGACUGGUCAGUGACAAAAACUUUCACAAAAUUGUCCAUAUCACCGAAAAAGAAUGGUCCUGAAGAAGGACCACCCGUCCCACCACGACCACCGAAGACCUUUGCUGGCAGAAGCAGGGAUACUCUAACCAAGGAUCCUUUCCAGGGUCCUAAAAUCCAGGAACCCACCGAGGUAGUGCUGGAACCUCUGCAGCACAGCCACCAGCGGCUUAGAGUACCCCGUCGCAUGUCACAGGGCGCCCCAUCUUCUCCGCGUUCAUUGCUAAACGCUCGCUGUCCAGAAGAAGAGGAAGACUUUGCGCCAGCACAGUCUUCUUUACAGUACUGUAAUCUGCCCACGCUGCCGCCGGCAGUAGACAGAGCGCUGAAACCGCGUCACUCCACCCAUAGCAUAGGACACAGCAACGCCUUCGUGGCACAGGGUACGUUGAGAAUCGGUAAUGUAGAUGACAUCAAGCAAGACGCCUUGCAGUAUUUAGACUUAGACCUCCACCCUGCGAAACCGGCACAAACGAAGGAGAAAACGGACCUGCGCAAGAAGACCGAGAUAGCACAUGGACAAUUGUCCAUGUCAUCCGUCGACAGGGAAGCGUAUAAGACUGUGGACUUUUUGAAGACUGAAGCAUUCAACAUCACCCGCCAGGACGCCGAGGCAUCGAGGAGCUUCCAAUACUAGCAUCCACCUUCUCCUCCAAAAGCAUCGAAGUCAAUCUGGCAACAAUGCUUGUGUUGGAGAAAAUAAAUAUUUUAUAACAAAAGAACUACAGUGAAAAACGGCUCAGUUUUUUUUUCAAUCAGUGACGUGUUCAGUGUCUGGUAAAGUAAGUCGCAUUUAUGAAAUUUGAAGAAAAAGACUUUUAAGAAGCUUUAACCGACUUUAAAAAGCUUUAAAAGGUAAACGAUUGUGUAGGUUUGUUAAUGUGCGCUGUGGACAGCAUUCAUACAUUGCUGUCAGCGACGGCCACGGUCAUAGUAUUAUAAAACAUAUUAUAUAUAGCAAUAAGAACAGUAUUCUUGUAAAUCUGUCUGUAAAGCACAUCAUCGCUGGCAUUUCAAGUAUGUAGAUUUUGAAAGCUUAAUUUUUUAAUACAUUUCAAUACUUAUAAUUAAAUUAGGACGUCAAGCGGAUUCGUUUUAUAUACAUCUUAAUAUUUAUUACACGCAGUUUAUUUCAAUAAGUAUUGUUUAUGUACUUAAUAGCGUUAAAAUACGAUAAUUUUCGCUUUAUACGCAACGGCUUUUACCUUAGCGGAUAAGACAGUAUAUUUGAUGUUACCAAUGUAUAAUUAGUAAAUUAAUGUUGAGCAUUCAUUACAUGUUAUAUAAAAUGUUGUAUUUAGGGUUUAAGAAACGAGUAAUCGUCAGUAAAAAUGUACUGACGUACAAAUUUGUGCUCUAUUAUUCAAGAGAUAACAAAAUAAAUAAAAAGGAAGCUCCUAAAUAUUGCUCUCGUGCGUUUUAAAGGACUUUGUACCUUAUUUACGUAUGGGGAACAACUAGUCAUACGUCUCUUUCUUGCACGGAUUUGCAACUGACAGACAAUGCACGAAAUACCGUGCUAUUUCUAAUUAAGUAAAUUGCUUAGAUUUCAUGUCAACAUAGGACUUUUAAUUGUCAAUGUAGUCUGUCUACAUAGAAAAUAAAUAUCUGAGUAUUGAUAGUUGCUAGUGUCAUGACCCAUUUCGUAAGAUGACGUAAUCAUUCAUCGGAACAUUAUUGUAGGUAAAAUAUCAUCUGAUCUUUGAUGUGUUAGGGUUUAGUAUAAAAACUUAUUACAGUAGUAACUUAUUUCAUUUUGGGACUUUCGAUUCACAAUAUCGAAGCCUUUAGGCCUCUUCAUUCAAGCAAGUAUUAAUGUUGCUGAUGACUUACUUAAAAUAAUAUUCUAUAAUAACAAUAUUGGAUUAUAAUAUAAUAUGUGUAAUAAUGUGUAUAUUAAAUAUCAACUUUAAGGUAAGUGAUUUUACUGAAUAAUGAGAUAAAUAUCUUCGAACGCACAAGAAGACAAAUAUGAAGAUGUAACAGUAUUAAAAUAGGUGUUAAAUUUAUCGGCUCUAUAUUUGACGUGACGCUGUCUAUAUGUAUGAAUAUAACACUUUAAUGAAUGUUGCGACCAUGAUUAUACCUCUUGCAGGAUAGCGUUGCAUAUUUUGACGUAUUAUUGACCCAGUUCUAUGAACUGUUUUAUCUCUAUAUUAUUACAGCAUUUAAUCUCUAUUUGCCAUGACAAAUAUAAGGAUUGGAAGUGAAUCUAAAUUAUGAAGCUAUUCUCUAGUAGGUAUUUAACGUAUCUGUGAAAGAUCACUUGGAAUUAAGAUUUCGCAGGGAUUGCGUUCGUUUGAGCUUAUGUACAUUUGUGUCGCAUGGAAUGUCUUUGUCAAUCUAAAUAAGCGUAAUUUAUAUCAUAAUAUGUGUUCGAUGUUGUGGUAGAUCGUUGCCUUUAUGUAUUUUAAUGUUAUUCUGUCCAGACUACCUAUUCUGAAAGAAUUAGGAGUCUGACAUUGACGUUGUCUAUUGGUUAUGGGGUUGAUCUCAUUCACUCUAAAUGUUAUUAGUAGUAAAAAUUAUUGUAUUUGUCAACAUGUGUAAAUGUAACAAACCAUGUAUCUCAACCCCCAGAACUAACAGACAGAAAGUUUUCCAUUGACGAGGUGGCAUAAAUUGCGGUACACCACAGUACUUAUUAUUUAAAAAAAUGUAUGAAGUCUGUAGCUAUGUACGUAAUGUAGAAUGGUUCCCAAAGGGUACAUAUUUAUAUAAAAAAACAUUAUAUUACCUUCGUAUCCCCUUGUCGUGGAAAAUCGUAAGUAUUAGUAUCAUGAUGGACUGUUUGAGUGGCCUACGUAGGAAAGGGUAUGGAUUAUUGUAUAUCAUAAAUAUAUAUAUAGUAUUGUAAAUUAUAUACUUGUUGACUGUUAAAUCCUUUAUAAAAGUGACUACUUAACCCUUUAUAUAUUUAUAUUUGUCUAUAUAAAAGUUUGUUUAUACCCUUACACCUCCCAAAUUGUUCGGAACAUAAUUGUCUAUAUAUUGUAGCUUUUGGAAUGUAUAUUAAAAUUAUAAUGUUUACCAUCUACUGUCAGACGUUAACGAUUGUUGCGACAGUUUGGUCUCUAUUGAGGAAUAGAUAGGCAUAAAAAUAUAUUUUUCAUAGAAACGCAGGGGUCCAAGUAAUGCGUAUGAUGGGUUCUCUUCCUGUAAACUUUUAGAAAAGGAGACAGUUCUUUUGACUGACUUGUCUUGCAUAUUAACCGUCCCUUACAUACCUCUAUUUUCAAUUCUUUAUCCUAAAGUUAUUUAAAUUGAGUAACUCUGAGGAAAUUGACAGCCAUUGAUUAAUCAGCAUUCCUCAUAUAUUUAUCAUCAAGUUUACACUUUCACAUGGUGUCUUAGGCCUAUUGGGACAGAAGAAUGAUUAGAUAGCCUGAGUGUAUAUACAUAUUUAUUAGUACAGAAUAUAUAUUUAUGUAUUGUAUUAUAGUUUUUAUGAUAAAUCACAUCAUACAUUACUCAAAACAAUGAAAAUAUAUCAAAUAGAAUAUAAUAAUAUUUAUUGAUGUCGUAGACAAAAUUUUAAAAUCUAUCUUGAUGUUGUUAGAUGCUUGCACAGUGAUACGUAUUGCUUUUUAAUGUUCUGAUUAUUUUGUAUUGACAGUUGGUGAAGAACCAGUGAGAAUAUUGACUUUUCGUAUAGGAUUGAUUUCGAAAAUAGCCUGAAUUCAAUGUGGAAAAAAAUGUAUGACAGAGUUGUACAAAAUGAUGUAUGAUGCUUUAAAGGGAAUUCUUGAUGUUAUCGAAUGUUUGUUUUAUGAUUCUCUGAAUUCAAUGACACAUUAUUUGUCUUGAUAUAAUAAAUGCAAUAUUAUGUCGAAUGAAAUCCCCGUUCUUAUCAGAGUACGUAUUAUAUUCAGGUACUUGUUUUAGGUAAUUUUCCCUCAAAAACCAAAGUAUGGUUCAAUCACAUUUAUUAGAAAUCGUAAUGUUAUUUAAUUCUGUUACUUGAUACCAAAAGAGCGUUAUAAUUAAAGCACGUGGUUGCUUGUAUUUGUAUUUUACGAUGAAAUGUUUGUUAAUAUUGUUUUAUAUUAUUAUGUAUAAUUACUUUGUGCUU